AUGUCUUCUAGGCGCCACUCGCUCAGCGGCCCGCCGCCACUCACCGGCACUGAGUCGGCUCAGAACCUCCGACAGCGAGUCAUCACGUGCCUCAACAAACUCUCCGACCGCGACACGUUCGCCGGCGCUUCCGCGGAACUCGAGUCCAUCGCCCGAACCCUAAGCCACGACUCAUUCUCCUCUUUCCUAUCCUGCAUUCACAACACGGACUCGUCUUCCAAAUCUCCGGUUCGCAAACAAUGCGUUCAUCUCUUAAAAAUUCUCUCGCGCUGCCACGGCGACGCUCUCUCCUCGUUUCUUCCGAAGAUGCUAGCCACCGUGCUCCGUCGCCUCCGUGACACUGACUCUGCCGUGCGAUCCGCGUGCGUGGACGCCGUCGCGGUGAUGUCGUCGCGGAUCACACGGCCGCCGUUCGCCGCCGCGUUCCUGCGGCCGCUCAUGGACGCUCUGGCGCAGGAGCAGGACACCAACGCGCAGAUCGGCGCCGCGCUGUGCCUCGCGGCGGCUGUCGAGGCGGCGCCGGACCCCGACGCGGAGGCGCUCCGGCGGAGCGCGCUACCGCGGCUCGGGAAGCUUGUGAAGAGCGACGUGUGUCGGGCGCGGGCGGCGCUGCUGGUGCUGAUCGGAAGCGUAGCCGCCGUCGGCGGCGCGUCGAGCCGUACUGCAAUGAACUGGCUCGUGCCGUGCCUCGUCGAGUUUCUCGGCAGUGAGGACUGGACGGUGAGGAAAGCCGCGGCGGAGGCGCUGACGAAGGCGGCUUCGGUGGAGGGAGACUUGGCGUCGCAGCACAAGGUUCUAUGUUUGGAUUCUUUGCAGAAUCGGAGGUUUGAUAAGAUCAAAGUAGUUCGAGAGACUAUGAAUCGUGCUUUGGAGACGUGGAGGGAGGUAACCGAGGAUGCUCCCGCUUCGGUUAAGUCUGAAUGUGAUUCUGUUGGCACGGAUGACGGUAGAGGUCAGCGAGUCACUAAAAGUUCACCCAGUGUUGGCUCUAAGUCUUCUAAAACAGUCCCUGUUAGCAGGUCUCCUCCGUCUGCGGUUUCAUUCAUGUCCUCCAUAAAAAGAGAAAACUUUCUGAAGAGUAAUGAAAAGAAUUCAAGGAUGCGAACAACAUUGCAUCAGCAGGCUCAUGAGAAGGCUUCAGUUGAGAAACUUGAAAGUCCGUUAUCGAGGUCCUCCCACUCAAACAUGUCUAGGGAAGAUGGUAUUAAAAGGUGUGAUUUAGAAAUUUCUAAGCCAACCCCACAUGAAAAUGGGGUAAAUUCGAGGGCAGAGAUAAAGCGUGCUCUCUUUAGCAAGAUGUCCGAUGAAAAAGUGAAGAGAUUCAAUGGUUUGAAAUCUCGUGUUGUUCCAUGUUAUGAUGAUGAUCUUGACGCUGAUGUUGUAGAGAACAGUGCAAAUGAUAUUUGUCACAACCCACAAGAUGUUGAGGAUUUUUCUCUGAUUCGUGAACAACUUAUUCAAAUUGAAAACCAGCAAACAAAUCUAUUAGAAACCCUCCAGAGAUUUAUUGGAAGCUCCCAAAGUGGUAUGAAUUCUCUGGAGUCACGGGUACAUGGCCUAGAGAUGGCCCUGGAUGAAAUUUCAUAUGAUUUGGCAGUUUCAAGCGGGCGGUUUUCCAAUACUGAUGUCACAGAAGACACGUGUUGCAAGCUACCUGGUACUGACUUUUUGAGCUCUAAAUUUUGGAAGAAGACAGAAGGUCGGUAUGGCACAUCAAAGUUCUCUUUAGGGAACAUAGCAUCAACAAAUGGUGUCAUUGAUGCAACAACCAAUAAAGAUGGAAGCAAAGAAAUAUUAACUGCAAAUAGCAAUAGAUUGCUGCAUGGUAAGAGUGGGUAUUUUGUGAAUCCAUUGACAGAAAUUCAAUGCAAUUUUAAAGGGCGUCAUACGUAUACAAUGUCUAAAACCAUGGCGCAUGAUGCCAUGAGAGCACAAACUCAUAAAGCCAGCACAUAUGAAGGCAUUCAUCCAGCUGCGGAAGCACGGAGGAACCAGAAUAUCAGGUCAUCCGUGUAG